AUGGACCACGACCAGUACCGAUAUUCAUCGCAGAGUAUGGGGGGUAUCAACCAGCAGCUCUUCAGAAGCUACUUCGCCAACGCUCCAUCCGAGCAUGUUCCCAACCAUGGACAGUGGGAAGAUCCGAUCCCCGUCGAGAAAUGGCCUUUGCAACAGGACUUUCUCAUCGAUAUCAACAUCCAAGGAAUCAACGACCCACACGGUUACUUCCCGGGCCUCCUUUGGCAGAGUGGAUUGAACCAUGGCCAACAGGUUCCCCCGAACUUCAGCACGCCGACUGUACAGGCUUUGGACCCAGGUGCUGCACAGCAGAUGCCCAUCACCGUGGAAGUAGAGGUCAGGCAGUUAGACGACGGUGUUUUCUUUUGCUCCCUUGGUUGCAAUGCAACUUAUUCUCGCAUAUGUGAUUGUCGCCGUCACCUCAAGAAGCACAACGGCCCUUUCUUUCACUGCAACCAGCGCGGCUGUGGCAUGUACUUCUACAGACACGAUAAGCUGCGCGCUCACAUGCAGCAGUGUCAUGGUGUUGCUAUCCCGCCGCCCGGAAACAGGCGCCGUCAGAGGAGCAGCGCCGCUGGCCAGUAAGCGAGGCCACCCAGUAGUGUGCUUCUUAAACCAUCAUGGUUCGGUUCCGUCUGUCUCUCUCUUUCGUGUUUGAUUGUUUCUCUUGUGCGGUCGAUAGCUAGGUAACAAACGAUGGCGUUUAGUAUCGUGCUUCGCUCCAAUCUGAUGCUGUGAAGUCGCAACAGUAGCGCCGGCCUAGCCCAUUGAAUGCCUAGUCUCGAACCUGAUCCACAUUUCCUGGCUCUCUUCCAACGUCUCGCCUUUUUCAGCAUUAUCCCAGACUCAUCGCUGUUGCUCAUUCUUCGCAAAAAAGUGAGGAGCUGCGGAAUGAAGCGCGAGCAAAGCCUCAGCCUUGUGUUGUUACCGACACUGCACCACGACCCAGCCUAAUGCAAUG